UAACGAAUUAAGCGAUACCGUAGUCCGAAUGGAACACUUGACGGAGAAUGAGGAUUCUAGUGCAUAACUCGUGCAUAAUGCUACUACGAUUUACGCUUUCAGGCGGGAUGCGAUAUUUAUUGCCUUGUAUGCUUGUACUCUUGUGCAAUGCAUCUAUAACGUUCUCUGAUUCUCUGCUCGAUGUAACGAAACAUCCUAGCUGGUCACUGUUGGAGCACAACAAAUGUGGAAAUUCCAACAGCGAUCGCAUUAUUGGUGGUAAGAACGCAAGCCUUGGCGCGUAUCCUUGGAUAGCGAGAAUAGGAUACAGCAUGUCUAAUACUGAUAACGCAUUAAGCUACAGAUGUGGCGGCACAAUUAUCAAUCCACAAUACGUAGUCACGGCUGCCCACUGUGUAGCAAAUCUACCCCAAAAUUUUAAGGUCGGUGGCAUCCGGUUGGGCGAACACAACAUUCUGACUGAUCCCGACUGCGAGAAGGGAUAUUGCGCGGAGCCGGUGCAAGAUUAUUUGCCCGAGUCGAUAGUCGUCCACGAGAAUUACAACACCCCUUUGUAUAAGCAUGAUGUAGCCAUAAUACGGUUGAACAAGCCAAUAGUUUACAAUGAGCAUGUGAGACCGAUUUGCAUGAUGAGCGGUGAUCUCCUCAAAAAGAACUUCAUCGGAGAGAUAGCGGAAGUCGCUGGUUGGGGAAUUUAUAAUAUCAAUGAUCCGAAGCCUAGCACACUCCUGCAGACGGUUAAACUGCCGAUCGUCGAGAUGGAUAGGUGCGCGAUAGCUUUCAAGAGAUCUGCAAACGUGUCAGAGAAUCAGCAGAUGUGCGUGGGCGGUGUCCCGGGUCAAGAUUCCUGUGGCGGUGACAGUGGCGGGCCCCUGAUGAAAGUGGAGAGCCUCAGAGGGCCUCCUAAGUACUACCUCGUUGGCAUAGUCUCUUUCGGUGCAAAAUCCUGCGGCGCCUCCAAGACACCUGGCGUGUACAGCAAGGUCGCCACGUACACUACGUGGAUCUUGGACAACAUGCUCCCGUGAAGAUAUUCGUCUUUAAUAGUGGAAAAAGAAAAAAGAAAUAAAAUUAUAGUCGAGAUAUUGACAAAGAAUUUCACAUCUAAUUUUACUUUAAAAACACAUUCCUUCUUUUAUUUAGAAUAGUUAACAUCAGAAUCUCGUAAU